UUGAGAGCGGCGUAUCGGACAUUUGGAGUGUUUUUCACAUUUACUUUAUAUAAUCAACUUCUGCCGACAUGGGGAACAGCAAAAGUGGAGCACUUUCUAAGGAGAUUUUGGAGGAACUGCAAUUAAACACAAAAUAUAAACAAGAGGAACUAUGCACAUGGUAUCAAUCGUUUCUAAAAGAAUGUCCCACGGGGAGGAUCUCGAAACAACAAUUCGAAGGCAUUUAUUCAAAGUUUUUCCCAGACGCCGAUCCAAAAGCAUAUGCCCAGCAUGUUUUUAGAAGCUUUGAUUCCAAUAAUGAUGGCACCUUGGACUUUAAGGAAUACAUGAUCGCUCUUCACAUGACUUCGUCAGGGAAAGCAAACCAAAAACUGGAAUGGGCAUUUUGUUUAUACGAUGUUGAUGGCAACGGGACAAUCAGCAAACCAGAAGUACUUGAAAUAAUUACGGCAAUAUUCAAAAUGAUAAAUAUAGAAGACCAGAAGCAUUUGCCAGAGGAUGAAAGCACUCCAGAGAAGAGGACAAAUAAAAUAUGGGACUUCUUCGGAAAAAAGGACCACGAUAAGCUCACUGAAGGGGAAUUCAUUCAAGGAAUUAUGAAUAAUAAAGAAAUCCUCCGCUUGAUUCAGUUUGAACCCCAGAAAGUGAAGGAGCGACUAAAAGAGAAGAAGCACUAAGGGUGUCCAUAGCCCACCAAUCUCUUAAGACUUUGAUACCUUCAUCAAUCAGAUCUUUGAAGAUUCCAGCAAUAUGUGAACUGAUCGGAAACACGUGUUGCCCUUAACACAUUCACUCAACACAUUAACACUUGUGUUAUGUACUGUUGUGCUCUCUUAUUGUAUAAUUAGGCUAAUAAUCCCUAGAUUAUAGCUGAAGCCUUCUUAGGCACUCAAGGGCAUAUGCUAUAAUCUGACGAACCAGGCCUCCAAAAUAAUUUUGAUGUGUCCCUGGCUGGGUAAAUGGAGCUACUGGCUCAAAGGUUAAAAGCAUACUGCACUGUUUAGGACGUUUCCAUUUAAUUUUGUUUAUAGCUACAUAGUGAUUUAUUUCGGAGGAAAAAAUAAAUACGUCCAAGGCCAUCGGGAUCAUCCUUUCAGAACUCGUUCGUGCUGCUUUUGAUCCAAAAGAAGGCAAAAAAAAUAAAAUAAAAACAACAAUAAUAAAACAAUAAAAUCCCACAAUGAAGAUAUUUUCAAGCAUGCCCCAACUCUGGAAAUAAAAUCAGAUUUCUCCUGGGAUUAAAAUUUUUUUUUUAUUAAUAUUUAUAUAAUAAUAACCAUUUUGUGCUUUGCUACAAAAGAACAUGACCAUUGGGUUUGACAGCACAACCUCUCUAGAUAGUGAAUUCCAUAUAUUUAGCGUUCGCAUUGUGAAUAAUCAUUUUUGCUUUAGUCGGUGAGAUCUCCUUCCAUAGGGUUCCAUAGGGUUUCCAAGAAUGUUAUUUACCAAAAUCGUAUAUUGUUACAAACACCCCAGGGAACUAUAUAUUUUCAGGCUAAAGUGGCCACAGAGGAAACAAUUUUCAAGGAAUCUAUCUUUUCAGCUCAGUUUUCUUGGCCUUAAAAUUCUUAAAAUUACCAAAUCCCUGGUGAACAUCUCACGUUUUGCAUUCCUUGUACAAUCCUGUUGAUUAUUGGUCUCCACAAACCUGCUUAUAUUGGCUAUGUGCAUAUUUGCAUAAUGUUACCACAUGCCAACUGUGACGUCUAAUUCUAGUGUAAAUAAAUGCAGAUUUUCUAGCCAUUCAUAAAUGGAUAUAUUUAAUUUCGUUUGCAUUCCGCCAGCCGUCAGGUAUUUUUUCGAAUAUAAAUCACGUGGCUAUACCAAUCCUUGAGUUAAAUAUUACACCAGUAUUAAAAAUUGAGUUUUCGUGCGAGGUGCUGAAGCCUAAAAAAGAGCCACAUACACUAAACAAAAAGUAAUUUCUACAGAUAUGUACAAAAAAAGUUAGAAAAACAUAUUGCAGUUUAUUAUUUAAAGGGACGCUAUAAACAACAUUGAGAUGACGUUGUCUCUAUGCAGUGCCCCUAGUUUUUAUAACCCCAAUGUAAAACAUUGACAUUUUAGCAAAACAGCUUUGCUUAUAUUGCGGGGCUAAACAUACCCCUAGUGGCUGUUAAAAUGACAGACACUGGAUGGUACUUCUGUAGGGAGAACAAAGUCAGACUCUGAAGAGCAUGGAGCUUGCUGCCAUUUAAUUCUCGGCCACAAUGCUGCUUCUCUACGACAAACAUAUGACUUGAGAGGAAGUCGAAAAGGAGAGAGAAAACAAAACGGGAGGCAGGGUGGCAGCUGUGCAGAUUGAGUCACAGUGCAGUUCAUAAUCCUGCCUACAGGUGAUAUAAGGCACCCGGCAGGGCCAGGUAAAAAGACAAACGAUCAUAAAACCAUUUGCCCCAUUACUGGGAAAUGGCGCCAGGAUACUCCUACCAUCCUGAUCACAGCAGAGGCCAGUAGUGCAUAUGAUGUUUGGAGUAACCCUUUAAAGGAAACCAAACGUGUUCUUGGAGUACUACAUGUCUCCUUUGUUAAAAUUCUUUGGUAUUUGGUAAAAUCAAACUUAGAAGGACUUUCACCCAUCUAGCUCUCUUCUGGACGGGCCGCCAGUGGAAGAAAUAUGACCGAAAGACUUGUGUUAAAAAUGGCAGGACAAAUCUCAGGAGUCUCCAAGUGUGUGUAAUUAAAUUUCACUUUGGGGUUGACUCACCUUACCUAAUGAUGGAGGUUUAAAA